CCGUGCCCCCUCCAUCUCCGGGGGUAGCCGGCCAUUAGUCGCUACUUCCGGGUUGCGACGCCGUUGGAGGUUCCCGAGAGCGCCUUGCUUUCUUCUUCGCCGCCGCAGAGGAAGAAGAAAAAGAGGAGGAGGAGGAGGACUCGGCGGCGGCGCCGGACUAGAAACACUAAAAGAAUUAUUUAGCCUACAUGUGCUUCUGUAUUUGGUGGAAGAAUGACAGAUGAUAAAGAUGUACUUAGAGAUGUGUGGUUUGGGCGUAUACCCACCUGUUUUACAUUAUAUCAGGAUGAGAUUACUGAAAGGGAAGCUGAACCUUACUAUCUGCUUUUACCAAGAAUAAGCUACCUAACACUUGUGACAGACAAGGUGAAAAAACAUUUUCAGAAGGUUAUGAGACAAGAGGACAUUGGGGAAAUAUGGUUUGAAAAUGAGGGAACAGCACUGAAAUGGCAUCAUCCAAUUGGUUUGCUUUUUGACCUUCAUGCAUCAAAUACAGCCCUUCCCUGGAACAUCACAGUACAUUUCAAGAACUUUCCUGAAAAAGAUCUUUUACAUUGUCCCUCUAAGGAUGUAAUUGAAGCCCAUUUCAUGGCUUGUAUAAAAGAAGCAGACGCUUUGAAGCAUAAGAGUCAAGUAAUCAAUGAAAUGCAAAAAAAGGAUCAUAAGCAACUUUGGAUGGGAUUACAAAAUGACAAGUUUGACCAGUUUUGGGCCAUAAAUCGAAAACUCAUGGAAUACCCUCCAGAAGAAAAUGGGUUUCGCUACAUCCCAUUUAGAAUAUAUCAGGCAACGAGUGAGCGACCUUUUAUACAGAAGUUGUUUCGUCCUGUUGCUGCAGAUGGGCAGCCGCAUACACUGGGGGAUCUCCUCAAAGAUGUUUGCCCUACUGCCAUCAACUCAGAAGAUGGUGAAAAGAAAACUCAAGUGGUGAUUCAUGGGAUAGAACCAAUGUUGGAGACACCGAUACAGUGGCUAAGUGAACAUAUGAGUUAUCCUGAUAAUUUUCUUCACAUCAGUAUUAUUCCCCAACCUGCAGAUUGAAGUGUCAGUUUGUAUUUAUUUUGGUCAGCCUUUGAUUGGAACACAACAUCAGUUUGCUUGGUGAGGACGACCUGACCAGAAAUCGUUGCUGCUACAAGCCAAACAGGAAGAAAGAUCCUUCAUGUGAUAAAGAGCAGUUAGGCUGGCCUCAGUUUGUAUCAGCCAUGUUUUCCCACUGCUCUCAUUAACUUCAAAUAUGACAUGAGAAACUUUAUGAGGCUGCUCCCAGUCUUUUGUUUUCUAGGUACAAUAAGAAGCUGAGAGCAUGGACGCUGAGUGGAAGUAUGUGCCACUUUGUAUUUCUUAUUAAUCAAUAAACAGGGAUAUUUUCUAAA